CAACUUUAAAGUUUUAUGUAACACAUUACAUGUUGUUUGUUUGUUUGUUUAGAUAUGAUAUCGUUUAAUCUUGCUGCUUAAACAAGAGAGCACAUCUCUGUCUUUCCCAAAACAUCUUUCCAUUCCUUUAACAAUAUAGUUUGCCAUGCUUGUACAGAGUGGAAUAAACCAACAACAGAGUCCAAGUGGAUUAUCUGCAUGUGAUCAAACAUAUGAAGUUACAAUGCUGAACUGACAGCUACUACAUUAAGCUGUCCUGACUUCUGCUAUGCAAUACUAUUACAGAAAAAAUUGAAUUUUGAUCACAUGAGGAAUUACCAGAAGAUUAAAAUCUAUUUUCUCUCCAAUCUCAUGUAUUGCAUUGAGUCGUUUAUUUCUGCAACAACUGUUUAACUAACUACUGUCAAGUCAGUGCAAGACAAGUAGUGAUGUGUUCAUGAGAGGGUAAAGUUUAGUCAUUCUGCAUAGGUACUUGUAUAAAACAACAAAGAUAUAAAAUCUUUUGGUCAGUUAUAACCAAAUAAUCAUAAACACACCCACUCUUGUUCUGAUGAUUGCUGUGAAAUCAAAUGUGAUACUGGAGUUAGUUUAAACAAGCUGAUAUGGGGAUUUUAGGAUGUAGUUGCCUCAUUUUAUGGCUUUGAGAUAGGCACACCGAGACUGUAAAACUCACAUGGACGCACAUACACACUAAGCAGUAAAGGAGUGGCAGGUCCACGUGAGCACAAGACAUCAUGAGGACUAUAUAGGUGCAAUCUCACUUGAACUCAAAUCACUUUGCCCCGACCGCUGGAGAGAGCCGAGGUAAGACUGCAGAGAUGGCUGUCUAGCAGUUCAACUCAAAAACUAACAAUCUUUGUCUCAUAUUACAGCAAUUAUACUCUACAGCAAAUUUUUUAAAAAAUCUCUACGGUGUAGAUUAUAGCGUUUCUUGAUGGUACCCAAUGAUUUACAAUAUGAUGUUGAAUAAUGCUUAUUGCUGAGAUGCUAGUGGGUUUCAUUUUUAAUAACUACAACAUCAACAUAUGAUAAUGAUGCAUAAAUAUUGCAUUCAAAAAUCCUUCUUGUAAAAGAUACAGACCUGCGAGACAUGGAUGUUCAAAGCCAUCUUUUCUUUCAGCAUUUUGUAGCUUGCAGAUGUUUGAAUUAUGCAGUUCUAUCCAAAUUACUGUGGACAGACUGUAACCGUGCUGAUAAUGUUGGUUAUGUGUAGCCCAGCUCUUUGCCAGUAGAGUAAAAAAUCUACUGUAAAUUGCAAUGCGGCUCAGAGGAACAGAUGUCUAUAGAGAGCUGUGCAGACUGAUUCUUUUGCUCACUUGCUCGCUACACUGAUCCGCACCUUUUAUGCCAGUCUGAAAUGUAAUUAAAGGUAACAAACAGCCUCUUGGUCUAACAUUAACUUUUAACAAAAUGCCUCAAAGUUACCCAUUUCCUCAACAUAAAAGGUAAAAGUUCACAAGAAGUAUCAGACUUGGUGUUAAACAGCCUGUAUUAGUGAUAACCUCAGUCACAAAGUGUUUCUUGUUCAGUGUGUGUCCUUCUACAUGUAUCAGAGAGUGCGUGUGUGUUUUGGGAGAUGUAAAAUGAUACUCUGUGUGGCAACUAUUUUUAGGAGCUUAUCGCGAGCUAAAUGGAAGAGUAGAGAGCCUAAAGGGUUUGUACUGUACGAAUGCUUGUGUAUCUUUUUCCAUGUGUUACGCUGCAUGUUUGUCGGCGUUUCUGUGUGCUUCUCUACGAUGUGCAACUGAUUGCAAACACACAGGGGCAUGCAGCGUUUAGCUCUCGGCCUCUCUCGAUGCCCUCACCUGCUCUUCACAGCACAUUAGGCAGGAUGGCUAUAAGCCUCUCACACACCCAAAUAGACACAUACCCACACAGUCAUACAGACAUUCACCUUGUUUUUGUCUCCAGCAGUAUACUGGAGUGAAGCCUAAUUGCUUGAGUGAUAUGAUGGGUGCCUUUGGAAAUACUAGACUCAACCUGUCGGACAAUUUUGUCAAGUAUUUUCCAAAGUUUCUAUUUUGUUUCCCAUCCUCUUUACCUAGCUCUAUGAUUUCAGUGCUUCUCUCAGCUUUCUAAGGCUUUUGCAGAAUCCAAGGUUAAUGCAAGGAAAAUAUGUGUAUGUCAGAUAUGUGUUUACAUAUAUAUAGUUUUUGUGCAUUAGUAUGUAUAUGUAUCCAGCCAAUGGGCCUCAUUAAGCAGGGAAGUUUUUGGACCUUUGAGACCUUGCCUUCAGUAAACUUGGUGUCAUUAAUGGGUGUUAAUGAUGUUGGCCUUUGUAAUCACUCUGUAUAUGUGUGUGUGUGCAUUUGUUUGUGUGUGCUAGAUGGGGAAAAGACGGUUUUCAGGGUUGGAGGUGACUCUCAUCGUCCUUUUCCUAUUGAUGACAGUGGCAGCCCUGACUUUCAUAAUCCUGUUUGCCACACAUCCAUCUGUCAAUGAACGGGGUGUUUCAGAAACAUUUGUUCCUCAGUGUCCCAACAUCCCUGAGGCUGAGAGAGUAGACUGUUACCCUGAUGCUGGAGCCUCAAAGGAUGGAUGUGUGCGGCGUGGAUGCUGCUGGAGUCCACUGAAUGAGCGAAACGCCCCCUGGUGUUUCUUCCCAACCAACCAUGGAUACACAGUGGUGUCAGAGGGGUCCUCAAAUCCUCAUGAACGGACUGCUCGACUGCAGAGAAUGAACUCUCCUUCUUUAUUUGGUGGGGACAUACAAGAACUAAUAUUUGAGGCAGAAAUGCAGACAAGCAACCGACUCCAUUUUAAGAUCUAUGAUGCCAACAACAAGAGGUUUGAGGUCCCUCAUGAGCAUGUCAAGACCGUCAGCAAUAACCCAACCACCCCUCUCGAUGAUACACUGAGCAUCAGAAAGGAACCCUUUGGCCUGACUGUGAAAAGGAGCGACAAUAACAAAGUCCUGUUUGACACUACAAUGGCUCCACUGGUGUUUGCAGACCAGUACCUACAGCUGUCUGCAAAGCUUCCAUCCCAUAAUAUUUAUGGUCUGGGAGAGCAUGUCCAUCAACAAUAUCGCCAUGACACAAACUGGAGAACCUGGCCUAUUUUCACCAGAGAUGGUUUCCCUAAUGGGGGAACACAUAACCUCUACGGACACUAUCCUUUCUUCCUCUGUCUGGAGGACAACAGUGGUCGGUCAUUUGGGGUCUUCCUAAUGAACAGCAACGCCAUGGAGGUGACUCUGCAGCCUGCCCCAGCAGUGACCUUCAGGACUAUUGGAGGAGUCCUUGACUUUUAUAUUGUCUUCGGAUACACACCAGAGCAAGUGGUGUCGGAGUUCCUUGAGCUCAUUGGCAGGCCGGUCAUUCCUGUCUACUGGUCACUGGGUUUCCAGCUCUCUCGGUGGAACUACGGUAGCCUGGCUGAGGUCAAGGCAACAGUGGACAGGAACCGUGCUAUCGACCUUCCAUAUGACGUUCAGUACACUGACGUAGACUACAUGGAGAACAAGAAAAUCUUCACCUACGACAAAGCAAAUUUCACUGAGCUGCCUCAGUUUGCUGAUUACAUGAAUGAGAGAGGACAGAAAUACAUCCUCAUCCUGGAUCCUGCAGUAGCCACCAGCAAGAGGGUUGGGAACACUGCAUAUGAGUCCUAUGAUCGUGGAACCGCGGCGGGUGCUUGGGUCACUUAUUCAGAUGGGACAACUCCUCUGUUAGGAGAGGUGUGGCCAGGAGAGACGGUGUUUCCAGAUUUCACCAGCCAAAAAUGCAUCGACUGGUGGAUAGAUGAGUACCAAAGACUCCACACAGAGAUCAAGCACGAUGCCCUCUGGAUUGACAUGAAUGAGGUUUCUAAUUUUAUCAAAGGAUCAGUUGAGGGCUGUGAUGAUAACAACCUCAACUACCCUCCUUUCACCCCAAGAAUUCUGGAUGAUGUGAUGUACAGUAAGACUCUGUGUAUGGAUGCCAAGCAGGCCUGGGGGAACCACUAUGAUGUCCACAGUCUCUAUGCCUACUCUAUGGUGCUGGCUAGUGAAAAAGCUCUGCAACGUGUAUUUGGAAAUAGCCGCAGCCUGCUGCUGACCCGCUCCUCCUUUCCAGGUGUGGGAAAAUAUUCAGGUCACUGGCUGGGGGACAAUGCUGCCAACUGGAACGACAUAAAAUGGGCCAUCCCUGGCAUGUUAGAGUUCGGGCUUUUUGGAAUUCCCUAUAUCGGCGCUGACAUCUGCGGCUUCUUUGAUGACUCCAGUGAAGAUUUAUGUCGUCGCUGGAUGCAAGUGGGGGCCUUCUAUCCCUUCAGUCGGAAUCACAACGCCGAGGGCUACAGGCCUCAGGAUCCAGCUUAUUAUGGUGCUAACUCAAUGCUUGUGGCGAGCUCCAAACAUUACCUGACGAUACGUUACACACUGCUGCCUUACCUCUACACACUCUUCUACAAAGCCCACACCGCAGGGGAGACUGUUGUUCGUCCAGUCUUGCACGAGUUCUAUGAUGAUGAAAACACUUGGACAGUGGAUCGCCAGUUCCUCUGGGGCAAACACCUGCUCAUCACACCUGUCCUGGACCCGGGUAAGGAGGACGUGUGGGCAUAUAUACCAGAUGCUAAGUGGUACGACUAUGAAACGAUGUUGCCGCUAACAGAACGCAAAACGCAUGUGAAUAUGCAUGUACCAGCUGAGAAGCUUGGUUUACACAUCAGAGGUGGUGCAAUCCUCCCAACGCAGAGACCUGAAGUCACCCUCACAGACAGUCGGCGUAACCCCAUGGGCUUGAUCAUUGCUCUUGAUGACAACAACAACGCAGCUGGGGAGCUAUUCUGGGAUGAUGGAGAUUCCCGAGACACAGUUAAGAAUGAGAACUACAUCCACUACUAUUUCUCUGUUGUCGACGGAAUUCUGACAAUGGAUGUGAACCAUGCUGGAUACAACGACCCAAAUAACCUUAAGUUUGAGGACAUCACUAUCCUUGGGAUUCCUCAACCUCCAGCGUUCGUCAAUGUGACCCAUGUUCCUGCUAGAGGUGGUGAAAACACUGUCACCACACUGCUGGACACCCAAAUAGAACAUGAUUUCGACAAAGAGGUGCUGGUCCUGCGUAACCUCUCCCUGAUCUUUGGAGACACCUACAUGAUAGAGUGGCAAAUGGCAAAAGAUUACCAACGUAUUGACUGCCAUCCAGAGAGCCAUGCAGAUGAAGCUAACUGCAUAGCCAGAGGUUGCAUCUGGCAGCAAAGUGCAGUACCCAACGUUCCAGCUUGCUACUAUCCUGAUGACUACGGAUACAGUGUUUCAACAGUCUCGGAAACCGCUUCAGGAAUGACGUUUAACAUCACUCGGAACGUGAAGUACAGGAGCAGUGGUCGUCCAGACUCGCCAGACAUCGACAAACUCAGUGUCGCUAUUUAUUAUCACACCAGUGACAUGCUGCAGUUCAAGAUCUGGGACCCCGCCACAGAUCGUUUUGAAGUACCAGUGCCACUUUCAGUUCCUUCUACUCCUGAGACUGAUGCGGCCAAGAGGCUUUACGAGGUCAAAUAUACCAAUAACCCGUUUGGCAUCCAGGUCAUAAGGAAAAGCACAAACGCCGUCAUUUGGGACUCCAGUCUGCCAGGUUUUGUCUUCUCAAACAUGUUCAUCCAAGUGUCGACUCGACUGCCAUCUAAGUAUGUCUACGGCUUUGGGGAGACGGAGCAUAUAUCCUACAGACACAAUCUCGACUAUUUGACCUAUGGCAUGUUUUCCAAGGACCAACCCCCUGGUUACAAGCUGAAUUCCUAUGGCGUUCAUCCCUUCUACAUGGGUGUUGAGAACACCGCUGAUGCUCAUGGUGUGCUGCUGCUCAACAGCAAUGCCAUGGAUGUGACUUUCCAGCCCACUCCAUCUAUAACCUACCGAACUCUGGGAGGUAUCCUGGAUUUCUACAUGGUCCUUGGACCUACGCCUGAGAUGGUGGUGCAGGAGUACACUGCACUGAUUGGACGACCUGUUCUACCUGCCUAUUGGUCCCUUGGGUUCCAGCUCUGCCGCUAUGGUUAUGCCAAUGACUCGGAAAUUGAAAUUCUAUACAACGAGAUGAGGGCAGCUGGCAUACCCUACGAUGUGCAAUAUGCAGAUGUCGACCACUUCGAGCGUCAGCUGGACUUUGUUCUGGACCAUAAUUUUCUAGGACUGCCUGCCCUGGUUGACAAAAUGAGAGCAGAGGGCAUGAGAUUCAUCCCCCUUCUGGAUCCUGCCAUCUCAGGCAAUGAGACAGAAUACUACUCUGCCUUUGAGAGAGGAAAAGCAGCAGAUAUCUUCAUCAAAUGGCCCAAAGAACUCAGUGAUGAAAUCGUAUGGGGCAAGGUCUGGCCUGAUUAUCCCAAUAUCACAGUAGAUGAGUCACUAGACUGGGAUACCCAAGUAGAGAUCUACAGGUCUUACACUGCAUUCCCAGACUUCUUCCGCAAUGAAACAGCAGCAUGGUGGCAUCAAGAACUCAAGGAUUACUAUGAGAAUAUCGUCAAGUUUGAUGGCCUUUGGAUUGACAUGAAUGAGCCCGCCAGUUUUGUCCAUGGCACAGUUGGAGGGAAUUGUCUUGGUGAUCCACUUCUAGAGAAUCCUCCAUACAUGCCACCCCUGCACGCUUCAGAGAUGGGCCUAAACCACAAGACUCUGUGCAUGAACAGCGAGCAGAUACUCAGUGAUGGAAGGAGAGUCAAACACUUCGACGUCCACAGCCUUUACGGCUGGUCUCAAACCAAGCCCACAUAUGACACCCUGUUGGAGCUGACGGGUAAAAGAGGCAUAGUGGUGACCAGGUCCACUUACCCCACCAGUGGGAAAUGGGUUGGACAUUGGCUGGGAGACAACAUAAGCAGAUGGGACCAACUAUUCAAAUCCAUUAUUGGUAUGCUGGAGUUCAGUCUGUUUGGUAUCUCUUAUACCGGGGCAGACAUCUGUGGGUUCUUCGAGCCAUCUAAUUAUGAAAUGUGUCUUCGCUGGAUGCAGCUCGGUGCCUUCUAUCCAUACUCACGCAACCACAAUGGCAAGGGUAACCCGCGACAAGAUCCUGUGGCUUGGAAUUCCACUUUCGCUGAGAUAUCCCGGGACGUCCUGAAUGUCCGCUACACCCUCCUGCCCUACCUGUACACCCUGAUGUAUGAGGCACAUGUUGAUGGAACCACCGUCGUCAGGCCACUCUUGCAUGAGUUUGUGGAAGACAGAAAUACAUGGGAUGUACACCGACAAUUCCUCUGGGGACCUGCCCUACUCAUCACCCCUGUACUUGAUGAGGGACACACAACGGUGGAGGGCUACUUUCCUAAUGCACGCUGGUAUGACUACUACACGGCUGAACUUUACCAUGCACGGGGUGAAAGGUCUUUACUGUCUGCACCCCUUGACCAUAUUAACCUUCAUAUCAGAGGAGGAUACAUCUUACCCUGUCAGGCACCAGCGAGAAAUACACAAGAGAGUCGGAAGAAUCCUUUGGGACUGAUCGUCGCCAUGAGUGAAACUGGAACUGCUGAAGGAUCGUUCUUCUGGGAUGAUGGAGAAGGUAUAGAUACGGUGAAGAACAACCAAUAUCUUCUGACCUCCUUCAGUGCAGCCGGGAAAACCUUGACCUGUAACAUUGUCCACAAUGGUCUGGCCCAGGCUGAUCAGGUGACCCUCGGUGUGGUGAAGGUUUGGGGUGCAGGCAAUGUUAAGAUCACAGGAGCAACCCUAAAGGACGCAAGUGGAACAACUUAUCCACUUACCCUACAACACAAUGUUAACAAUCAGGAGCUGAUUAUGGAUGCGACUUCCAGUUCUUUCAAAAUAAAUCAGCGUUUUACCAUCACAUGGAUAACCGCUGUCUAAAUGUAAUGUAACACUGCGUUUCACUGCUAAACAGCUAAUGUGUCUGUAAAUAAUGGUGCCUUAAUGAAGAAAAUAGCAUAUAUUUAACAUCUAGUAUUUAUAAUAUAAAUUAUUAAGCCUGAAAUUUUACUGUGAUGAGCUAAGCAAUCUAAUCCAAAUGGUGUAUUUGAUUUUUUUGUAAAUUGCUGUACCUUUAUUUUAAAUGUAAAAGAAAUAACAUGCUCUGGUUUUGUCUUUGAAUCUCCUAAUAAAAUGUGUCUUGC